UAACUCUGUAUGUGUCACAAUAGACAAGACAGAAAUUGAAAUAAUCAACAUGAAUUAACAAAAAUUCCCGUUUUAAAUCAUCAUGAUUCGUUUUCUUUGUACAUUAAGAAAAAUUUCCACUCCACUCAAGAAACAAGCGCUAAACAGGUUCUUAUUUCAAAAAAAGAUAGAGUUUUCAAAUAAAGUAUACUUUUCUGGAACAAAAAUUACAAAUGGAUGUGCUUGUGAACCCUCUAAGGAGAAGAGCAAUAAAAAACAUAGGCUACGUCCAAGGAUACUAGAUGAAUUCUUCGACUUGAACUGCAAAACUGCUGUAGUUAUUGGUGGUGCAGAUGGCAUCGGAUACGCUGCUGCACACGAAAUACUAUCAAACAAAGCAAAGGUAGUAGGUAUUUUUGGAAAAAAUAUAUGCAAAGGGAUGGAAGCGUGUCACGCGUUGAAUUGUAGGUUUGGAAAAAGGAGGGCAGUAUUUUUCAAAGUUGAUGUCACCAGUAAAACCGAUAUCGAUUGCGCUAUAUGCAAAUUAUCUGAUGAAUUUGGUGUGAUAGAAGCUUUUGUGAACUCGUUCGGUAUUUGCGAUGGAAAAAAUUGGGAAUAUGAACUGAAUACAAACCUGAUUGGCAUGGCAAGAAGUACCAUUGCAGCACAUAAUUAUCUAUCUUGCACGAAAAAGGGCGGUGUUAUAGUGAACACUGCAGGCAUAUUCGGUAUGGUAGCAUCAGCGGGAUGCCCGACAACUUGUGCUGCCCAGCAUGGUGUUAUUGGUUUGUCAAAAAGUUUCGGUAAAGAAACUCUGUUCAAGCACACUAAGGUGAGGGUGAUAACACUUUGUCCUGGAAUGACAGAAACGAAAUUAUUCAAAGAUGCAAAUAAGCGUGCCUUGACCACUUUCAUGGGAAAAUGUCUACAAGAGGAAAUUGAGUCGAUGAAGAAACAAAGGCCUGAAGUCUGUGGAAGCGCCAUUGUAUGGUUGAUACGUCACGGUGUUUCUGGAUCUUUAUGGAUGAUUAAAGAUUGUAAUUUGUAUAAAAUCAACUGUGAAGUACUCAAUUUUACUGAAUUGUACAAUCAAUUUCCAGCAUAAUAUAAUUGUUGAAGAAAGA